AUGUUCAUAUUCGUUCUUCAGAAGAUCGCACUUUUCGUUUUUCAAAACGGGAUUGUGUGUGAUAGAGACAGCCACGAACGAAUAUUCUGGGAUUUCUUAUCUGCUACAUUGCUCAACUUUUCAAAAAAGAAAAUGCUAGCUAGAUCACCAGAGAUGCAGAGCUCUACCACACAAAGAAGCCUGAAGCGACAGUACCCAUUCACGGGAGAAGUUAAAACAGAAGUCGAAGAAGUCGAUGUCGUUGGAGAUUCUGACGAGCAGCAAACUUGGGAGGAUUCCGGCUACCUAUCGCCAGAGAAAAAGCCCGAGACUCCGCUCAAGUCAACACCAACCCUCCCUGCUCACAUUUCAACACCGCCUGUUUCCGUACCUGGUUUCCUACCAUUCGGAUUAGGCGGAACUUACCUCCCAUCGCAUCCUUCUCUCAUAGGAGCAGGUCUUGGUCUACCUCAGCUUCCGCUGUCGCCGCACAUCUCCCCAUCGGUUUAUUCUUUCAUGAACAUCCUGCGCGCUUCGAGACAGCCUGGACUUCUCUCAACAAUUUGCGGGGAAUCAGACGCUCCUGAGCAACAGACCAAACGAAUUCGACUUGAUAGCAGCCUCUCGCCACCAACGCCCCUCAUGCCUGGAUUGAAUCUUUGGCCUUUAGGGCCGAGCCCUCUCUUUCCGCAGACAAACGUCACCGAUGCAGCGGCUAAAGUCGAAUCCCUACUCUCAUCGCAGCAGAAAGAUUGGUCUGUUACACCCAAACGCCGACCAGCGUACCAGUCUGAGCGCACUCCUGGUUCCGAAGGAGAUAUUCCAUCCAGCACAUCUAACUCUCCUUCUUCAUCGACCAACUCGCCCAGCUCUGGAAAGACCUUUCCUUGUGUCCACUGCAAGUUCGUCGGAACGAGCCUCACCGAGCACAAGAACCACAUUCGCACUUGCUCGCAGAUUUCGCUCAACUGUGUUUGCCCCUAUUGCCACAAGCGAUUCGCCAGGCAGUGGCUUCUUGAAGGCCACAUCCGAACUCACACCGGUGAAAAGCCCUACGUUUGCGACAUCUGCAACCGAGCUUUCGCGGACAGGAGUAACAUGCGAUCUCACCGAGCUACUCAUGAUCCUACUCGCCGACACGAAUGUGAUAUCUGCCACAAGAGCUUCAGUCGAAACGCUGUUCUUGAGAAACACAAGAAACAGCGCGUGUGCCAACGAAAUCGAUCCCGGCUAUCACGUGUUGAGCAGAUUCCCCCAACUAUCAGUCUUCCCCCAACGAAUCCCCUGUGGCUACGAUCUCCGUGGAAAAUUGAGUCGACAGAUAAAAGAAACGCGAUUCCACAGAACGAGAUUCCUCGGAUCCAAUGA